AUGGCUUCUGUUCUGUCCACUUCAUCAAUUCCAUUGGCUAUCAUUUCCUUCAAUUCUGGCUUCAAAACAACAACCACAUGCCAAAUGAAGAACCCAUCUCCAAUUGUAAGACAUGCACUCUACUUCAUCAAAACAAGUUUCUAUGUUGAAAGGGUUAAGGCUAAACCAGAAACUUUGCAAAUUGUCCAAAACACCAUUGCAAAGCAACUUUCGAUUGAUGAAACCACCGUGACUCCCCAGACUAAAUUUUCGGAUUUGGGUGCUGAUUCUCUGGACAUUGUUGAAAUCAUGAUGGCUUUGGAAGAGAAAUUUGGCAUUUCCAUUGGAGAUGGUGGAGCUGAGAACAUCUCUACCGUUAAAGAUGCUGCUAAUCUGAUUGAAAAGGUAAAGACUGCUUCAACCUAG